AUGGCCGAUUCCUCACUCGAGGAAAAGCGACAGUCUAUUGAGAGGGAUGAGGAAGCGAAAGAGGUGGCGGUGUUGAAAUCUCUGCCGUACUCCGAGGCGGUCGAUGUUGUCGCUAAGAGAUGGGCGAAGAUGAGGAGGCAACCUGGAGAGCCACAGUACGAGAUGCGCCUCCUUCAAAACGAUGAGCUCAUCACCGUUGAUCACAAGUUGGAUUCUCCAUUGGAAAUAGAGCGACGACAAAAUGCCCGAAGACUGAGAGUGUACGCUUCUGCAAGUUUAGACGCGGGCACUGAAGUUUACUCUGAAUUUGAGCUGCCAGUUACGGACAUAUACACUUGGUGUCUGGGAGAAGCGAAUCGGGACGAUACCAUUAAUCGCCCAAAUCCUCAGGGAGGUGGCAGUCGUACGUUAGCACCUGCUGCCUUCUCCUUUGCAGUGCAUACGAUGCCGCGCAUUCUUACACUGAAGAUCUACGUCAGCCAAAUCACAAGUCGAUGGCAAUUACUGAUUCCAAGGGCACUUCGAUUGGUGAUGGGCCGCACAGUUGCUGUUGCCGAGGCUGCCGUGAAUGUCGAGACCACCGUUGGUGGAAAACAGGUUACGCACGUAUAUCAACAACAUCACUUUAUAGAAGCCCUAACUUCAUCGAUGGCAGAUGAAGAAGAGGAGGAGGAAGAAAGACCUACUGGUAUCAUCACUGGAGUCCUCUCCUGGCCGGAUGCCAAGCACAGUAAAUAUGCGGUUCCUCCCAUCAUCGGGAAGUCGCAUGACGAGACGAGUGUGCAUGAGCCUUCACGUGUUGAAAAAUCUGAUGUUGUUGAUACUGCCGAACCGGAAUCUGCCGAGAACCUCGAGAAAAGGUAUUGUUGGUUGCCACUCGCAGCUGGUGAUGAUGGUUCUGCAAUGUGGAGGAGUGCCCGGUUGACGAUGUUACGCGAACGAGCUGAAGGACGCCUUGUUGUUGCCCAUGUGUAUAUUCCCCCCCGCACUGAGGGGUAA